AUGCAGCAGGCUGAGAGCAGCACUCGUCCCUUCAAGCAGAGGAAGAGCCUCGCCACCAGGAUGCACGAGGUGACGGAGAUCCGCAUCAAGUACCCCAACAAGAUCCCGGUGGUGGUGGAGCGCUACCAGAAGGAGAAGAACCUGCCCCCCUUGAGCAGGACCAAGUUUCUGGUGUCCCAGGACCUGCCCCUGGCCCAGUUUGCUGUCACCCUGCGGACGCGUCUCUGCCUGGCCUCCUCGCAGACCCUCUACCUGCUGGUGAACAACAGGGGGCUGCCCAACAUGACCGUCACGAUGCAGGAGCUGUAUCGCGACAACAAGGACGAGGACGGCUUCCUCUACCUCACCUACGCCUCCCAGGAGAUGUUCGGGGGGCUCCUUCCCCGGCAGACCCCGUCCAGCCCCGACCUCGCCUUCUCCCUGGCCGUGGUUUGA